AUGGAGACGGGCGGGUGCCGCAUGGGGGGCGCGGGGCCCGCCGGCCCGGCCGCGAUCACGCUGGAGGAGCUGGACGCGCUGCCCGAGGAGAGCCCCGACUCGGCGUACCACAGCCACGGCAGCAGCCUGGAGGAGGAGGCGGCCGAGCGCAUGGACGACGAGGAGCAGGAGCGGCUGCUGAGCUACUGGCAGAGCGUGGGGAGGGGGCACCAGGUGGAUGUGCCCCGAGACAUGGCAGAGCCCAUCCAGCAGCUGACCAGGAACAACAACCCCCAGGAGAGGCAGAGCAUCCCCUUCACGCUGAUCCAGCGCAAGGAGAAGCUGGGAGAUCUGCUCUAUGAGAAAAGGCAGUAUGGCAAAGCCAAGUGGGCUUGUAUCAAGAUGAAAGAGAAGCAGUAUGAGCAGAGCAUCUGCCUUGGGUUCAUGAAGCUCAUGAGGUACAUCUGUGAGCAGAACUCCUCAGGGCUGUACCUGGGGAUCACCGUGCCCAUCGUCACCAUCGUGCACACCAACGAGGCGCACUCGGCCAUGGCACAGGGGGUGACAGUGGCCUAUUACCUGCCCGAGGUGCUGCAGGACGAGCCCCCACACCCCUUCGACUCGGACAUCAUCAUCGAGGAGUGGCCUGCCACCAUUGUCUACAGCAGGAGCUUCCGAGGGAUCACCAAUGAAGACUCCAUCAUGAGGGAGAUCAACCUGCUGGCAGCCAUCCUGGAGAGCCCCGAGCUGUGCCUGCGGGACACCUUCAUCAUCGCGGGCUACACCAACCCCGCGGCGGCCAACCGGCACAACGAGAUCUGGUUCCUGCAGCGGCCCUGAGCUGUCCCGAGCUGUCCCGAGCUGUCCUGAGCUGUCCCGAGCUGCCCUGAGCCCCUCCCUGCCGCAGGUGAGCCCGGGCAGCCCGGGGGUCCCAGCUGGGCCAGGAGCAGCCACCCAGCUCAGCCCCCACUCACACAUCCCUACGGCAUCUCUGAUGGCUUAACACUCAUUUCAAGGAGGGGUUAGCACUUUCGAUGUUAGUCACCUUAUCUAUUUUCUGGCCAGGUAAGGGAGGCAGAGAUCUCUUCCCUCAUGCAUUUAUUGGCAUCCCUGUCGUGCCUGGGGCUCAGGAUGGUCCCUGGGGACAGCCUGGAGCCCUGGCCUGCCCUGGUGCUGCACAGACCCCGCUGGGGCUUGCAGUGACACCAAACCCACCUCACCCAGGCACACAAAGAAUGUCCAGGUCUCAGUUCCUGAGAUUUAGCCCACUGGGAUUAGAGCAUGGAGUAAGAACAGGCCAAUGCUGAGAGCUGUGGCACAGCCAGCCCCAGUGUUUACCUCACUGAGCUCCCAACCAAAGCACCCCGAGUCUGGAGAGACCAAAAAGGCACCACAGUCCCGGUGCUGCCAGCAGAAUUACUCAUCACACUGCCCCAGGAAUCCCACGGCUGGCUCUGGCAUUCCUAAGGAGACACUGGUUAAUUGAACUGCAGUGUUGUGGACAGUUUAUUCCCCCAGCUUUGCUGGGUGCUAGAGCCCUGCAGCUGCAGUAAAUUGCUCAGCACUCCUGGCACUGCCAGCACUCCCACGCUGUCAAUGGCAUCAGUGACACCAACAGCCACAGAGCAGCUCAGCUGGGACUGACCUUGGGCAGACUCUGCUGAGAGCAGGGCCAGGCACUGCUGCUGCUCCA